AUGGGAGAAAGAGCUCUGGACGCUGGAGCGGCAACCCCAGCCCCUAGCCUUGGGGGUCGAGUGCAGCCCCCCGAUCGGCCUGGCUAUGUCAGAUCCUGGUUUAUCAUGGUCUCUAAGGCGCUAAGAUCCCUUUCACACUCUGGACCAAGACUCAGAAGAAAGAUGGUCUCUCUGCGUGAAAGAUUUGUUAACAAAUCAUUAAAAGAACAUUUUUUACCAACUUUUAUGGAAAAGGUUAUUUUCUUUGACUUUUGGAGAGCUCCAUUUCUAGUGGAUUUGAAGAAACCAGAACCUUGGAUUCCACACACCAUUAAUUUCUAUAUUAAACCCGAAAAUGGAAUAAUUUUGGGUGUCUGGCAUAUAGUCCCUGAAAGCAGGGGGAAAGAAGCAAAAGGGAAGGACCGGAGCUGGUAUGAGGCAGCUCUUCAAGAUGGCAACCCAAUUAUAGUUUAUCUCCAUGGUAAUGCAGAAAAUAGGGCAUCUCGUCACAGAAUUAAGCUUUUGAAGGUGCUGAGUGAAGGUGGAUUCCAUGUUCUGGCUGUCGAUUAUAGAGGAUUUGGGGAUUCUACAGGUAAGCCCACAGAAGAGGGCCUGACCAGGGAUGCCAUUUGUAUGUAUGAUUGGACCAAAGCACGAAGUGGAACUACACCUGUCUGUCUCUGGGGUCAUUCUCUAGGAACAGGAGUUGCAACAAAUGCUGCGAAAGUACUGGAAGAAAGAGGAUUCCCAGUGGAUGCAAUUGUCCUAGAAGCUCCAUUUACCAACAUUCGUGAUGCAUUUGCUAAUUAUCCCAUAUUAAAGAUAUUCCGUAUACUUCCAGGAUUUGUUCGUUUGUUUCUGGAUGCACUGACAGUAGCCAAACUUGUCUUCCCUAAUGAUGAGAAUGUUAAGUUUCUAUCCUCACCUCUUCUGAUCUUACAUGCAAAGGAUGACAAGACUGUACCUUUAGAAAUGGGCCAAAAGGUAUAUGAAAUUGCCUAUAAUGCAUACAAAAACAAAGAAAGAGUCAAGAUGGUUAUUUUUCCUCCUGGUUUCCAACAUAAUUUCCUAUGCAAAAAUCCCAGGUUGGCAAUGAUUGUGAGAUUCCAAACAGAGAGGUCAGAUCUUCCCAUAGCAGCAGGGCCCAGAAAGUGGCAAUUGUCCUGGCCCUGGAUUCAGGAAGAUUCAUUUUUAAAUCCUGCCUUAGGCACUUACUAG